CGCACUGCCGUCUGCUUGCUCUGCUUGCUCCGGCGCAACCAAGCGCGCAACAUGGUGGUGAUGGUGGCGGCCGUAGUGCCCGGGGAGUGUUGAUGUGAGGAAAGGCUCCUUCGAGGCCGACGGUAUCGCAACGACGACGACGACGACGACAGGUAGACAAGGAUCCACGCGAGAAGUAUGUCCGCUAAUUCUAAACGCGGCAAGAGCGCGAGCCGAGGCAGCCGAGAAUAAAAGGGAACGGUAACGUCACGCACGCCCGUAACAAUCGACGAGGUGAUAGUUCGCACAGUGCCACAACGCGAGGAGACCCCCGUAGAGUCGUAGUAGAUCGUCGCGUCGCAGAUGAUGUUGCCAAUUGAUCUUUCAAUGACGGACGAGCGGCAGACCCACGGCAACGCUGCGCGAGUCGCCGGCGUCAGUCGUUUAGUGAGACACACGUUCUUGCUGCUGAGUAUCUUUGCGGUUCUCCAGUUGACUCCGUUGGCGCUCGCCGGCGAUACCCUGGGUGAUCCGUACAAGAUACUCGGUGUGUCGAAGCGUGCGACGGUCCAAGACAUCCGGAAAGCAUACAAGCACCUUGUCAAAGAAUGGCAUCCAGACAAAACUGAUCAUCCGAUGGCUGAGGAUAAAUUUGUAGAGAUAACAAAAGCUUAUGAGCUUUUAACAGAUCCAGAGAGAAGAAGAAAAUUUGAUAAUCAUGGAAUUACGGAGGAGGGUAUCCCCAGGCAAAGGAGGGACAGUAGUCACUUUAAUGUCCUUGAUCCAUUGGAAGAGUUGUUCACUGGUAGCUUUAAAUUCCAUUAUCAAAACAGAGAUAUCACAUUGUUCCAUAAAAUGAGCAUCACGUAUCGAUCAUUCGAGAAUGUGAUAGUACCGAAGACUUACCAUAUACCAUAUUUAAUCUUAUUCUAUUCCGACUGGUGCUACAUGUGUCUGCAAGCGGAGCCUACUUGGAGACGAUUGAUUGAUGAGUUGGAACCUUUAGGACUUGGCUUGGCUACGGUGCAUGCCAAGAAGGAAUCCACCUUGGCGAGAAGACUCGGCAUCAAUUCCCUUCCAUGUCUCGUUGUCAUCGUGGAUGGGCGCACUAGCACCUACAAGGAAUCUCUAUUUAGUAUUCAGAAAGUUGUUGAAUUUGUACGAAGUAGACUGCCGUAUAAAUUAAUAAGUACUAUUAGCGAUAACAACGUAGAAAAUUUCUUAUCGGGCUGGACGGAUAAUCGAAUACGUGCUUUGAUAUUUGAGAAAAGAGAUUUUAUUCGCUUGCGAUAUUUGCUUAUGUCAUUUUACUACAGAGAUCGAGUAGCUUUCGGCUUUGUCCAGAUUGGCUUACCAGAGACUGAGAACAUAACAUCAAAAUACAAAAUCUCAGGAGAAUUAGAUACUUUACUACUCUUCAACGAGAAUUCGGAGAAGCCUAUGGCAUCUAUUAGUAUGAAAGACAUUUCCAGCGAAACUAUGCAUAAUGUUAUUGCUAACAAUAAGUUCCUCGUAUUACCGAGACUUUCGAAUCAAGCUAUGCUGGAUUCCAUAUGUCCGCCUGAAUGGUUAAGGCCGCAGAAACGAUUAUGCGCCAUUUUAAUAUCGCAGCAAAAUAGCCCUCUGCAUGACAUAGCUAGGCACAAAUUUAGACAGGCAGCAUUAGAGUCUUCUUAUAGUACGGAACGUGUCAGAUAUGCAUACGUGUUCAAAGAUACACAACCUGAAUUUGUAUCAGCACUAUCAGGUGGUGAAGGCAGCCCAAUGGAACCUCUCUUACAUAUUGUCAUCAUAUGGAGACGAGAUGCCAAUCAUUUGAAGUACGAGUGGCUUCCUCAUGGAUGGGUCGAGGCUGUUCAAGACGAUCGUAUAUGGAACGAGACGCGAAGGCAUUUAGAGAAAACUAUACAAAGAUUGUUACGCGCCACUGAAGCUCUACCAUACGCUGCUGUCGUAGGAGAAUUGACGGAUGAACACGCACAGGGUACUGUAGACAGAUUGAUAGGAAGAGCAUUAUUAGCAGUAGAUUAUAUAUCUGAUAAUCUUACGAAAGAGCAAAUUUUGCCUUUGAUAUCGGUAUUAGUGACUCUCAUGCUAAUAGGAGUUGCAGGGUAUGGAAUGUCGUAUCUAAUUAAGUUAGAAGAAGCAAGUGUCCAUGCUGAACGUGUCCAGUGCAAGGAUGGAAAUGCCAAACCGCUCCAGUCGCAACCGCAACUACGAUUGCAUGAAUUACGCGCGGAAAAAUACAACGGAUUAGUUCGGCUUUUAAAACCAGGAUGUCGAACCAUCAUUUUGCUGGUUGAUGCCCAAAGCCGAUUAAAGUUAUUACCAGCUUUUCAUAAAGCUGUGUGGCCUUAUAGAAAGAAUAAAACGCUUAUGUUCGCACAUAUGUCAUUAGAAAACGGUCUUGAUUGGUACAAGAAACUAUUGUCUCUUACUUUAGUCGAGCAGAAGGAAUUAAAUAUAAAUGCCAAAAACUGUGUUGGUACAGUUCUGUCCUUAAACGGACAUCGAAAGUACUUCUGCAUGUACCAUACCAAACAUCCGGAAUGUAGUAAGAAUAAAGGGUCUAAGCGUAUUGAAAAGAUGACCAAGCAACUUGCCCAAAGACCGGAAGAUCCGGAAGCAGGCGCUUUUAUCGGUUUUGAUAGUUCCAACGAAUCCGAUCAGUCUCAAGAUGAGGGUGGAAACAACAUUUUAUAUCAGGACAAUCUUUUAGAUGGGUUACCAAUGUGGCUCGAUAGAUUGUUCGAAGGAUCAACGCAUCGUUAUUAUGUAAAUUAUUGGCCCGAGUUUACUGCCAAGUAAAAAGAGGAGGAAUAUGUUUUUUCUAAACGUAUAGAGGAAACUGUGGCACUUAGGGACAUAUAUCUUGGAACAUGAUGUUUAUUUUCCUAACACAAGCGAAAGUCUUGAGUUUCUGCUUGAUGAUAUUGUUUCAGUCGCUACUUGUUUACAAUCUGAUUAGGUACACGUCCACUCGUUUAAGUUUCAUCUCGUUAGCGAGGCUAUUUUGUAAGUUUUGUUUUUAUUAAUUGUAUUCUAAUUUUUAAGCAUAUUUUUUUCUAAUUUCUGAAAAGAAUUAUAAAAAAGUUUAGAUGCACUGAUUUUUUUUCAUUUCUUUAUAGAUUAUUAUAAUGCAGUUCGAAAAUAUAAACGCAAACGAGAUAAAUAUACAUGGACUACAUAAAUAUGAAAUAGCAAUUUCGGAAAUGUUUAAAUUUAAACAUAAUGUGGAAGUUGCUGCAUCAACUUACGGACUUAAUACAGAUUAUUUAUCGAUGUUUUAUUAUACAAUCGUUUCGGGCAAGGUAGUUAAAAGCGUAAAUAAAAAUCUCACAUUUCUUGAUGAGUUGGCAUUUCUACUAUAUCUAAAAAUACAUAAUCAAGCACUGUGUUUGCUUGACGUGCUUUAAAGAAUAUUUACCACGUCUACUUUAUAAAUUCAUCACACGUAACAAUAUAACUUAACCACAACUUUGGGAUACAGAUCGGAGGGUGGAUAAACUUACAAUAAAUCAAUUUCUACAGACAAAUAAUGACGAAAGAGUGAUGGCAAAUUUAGUUCAUUUUUUUGAACCUCGAAUUUCACACUUUUUCAUGCCAAAUAGUAUUAUUAGAUAAAACAUUAAUUUCAGUAAAAUUUUAAGAUGAGCACAGGCACGAUUCCGGAGAUAUAAGGGAAUGAAAGUGGUAAUUUCCAGUCAGGAUAUAUUGCAUAAGGAAAAAUGCGUGGUUAAAGUUUAUGUAAUAUUGAAGAUAUAUUCUAUCAUAUGUAUUCAUUGCUUAGAAAAUGAACGAUCUACUAUUCACCGCUAUUUUAUUUAUGGAGGAGAGGGGGCGUGCUUUACAAAGCACUCUGAAAAAUAGAGUCUCGUUACAUGAUGUAUUCACAAGUUCUGUGAAUGGUAACUCGCAUUAAAAAAGCAUCUCAAUCUAUGAGAGGUAAGAGACUCAUAUUACAAAAAGCACUCCAAUCUGUGAGAGGUAAAGGGACUCACAUUAAAAAAGCACCUCAAUCUGUGAGAGGCAAGGGGACUCACAUUAAAAAAGCACCCCAAUCUAUGAGAGGCAAGAGGACUCUCAGUAAAAAAGCAUCUCGAUCCGUGAAAGACGGUGUCACAUGUCACUUCAUCUAUCUUGGGGAAUUUUCAUACUAGAAAAACUAAGGUCAUAUUUCAAUCUGGCAUAAAAUCCAUAAGAAACGAUGUUUCACUUUGUUAUAUAUAUUUUAUUCCUUGGUAUGGAUACUUAAAGUGUUUCGUAUACUUUCAUGGAUUAUAAAAAAAACCAUCACUUUCAAACCUCUAUAUUUCCGGAACCGCGUUUAUGCUUAUCUUAAAAUUUUUAUGGGAUUAAUGUUCCAUUAUAUACUAUUUGGCAUAAAAAAAGUUUAAAAUUCAAGGUUCAAAAAUUGGCUAAAGAACAGGUCUUUUUGCCAUCACUCUUUUAACAUUAUUUCCAAGCAAGGAUUACUUAAUAUUAUCCUUGAAAAAUCUGCUUCAAACAUCAUUGGAUCUUGAUGAAAAUAUUCACGAAUGACCGUCGAGUAUAUUUACAGCCAACAAAUUUUAGUCACUGGUAAUUUUUAUUUGAUUUUUUUAUUCAAUUCUAUUUAUGUAGUAUUUGAAAGUAAGAAAAGAAAAAAUUGAAAAAAGAUCAAAAAAGUAUAUCAAAAAGAAAUACUAGGUAUUACGGUCUCCUCUACACUUCAGUGAAAAAGAACAGUGUUAAAGUGAUAAGCAAAAGUGAUAAAUAUAAGACUUAAGACUCGUGAAAUUGUCAAAAUAACGGAAAAUAAAGUGGAGAAUACGAGUCGGGCGCGGUAAAUGGUGCGCAAUGAAUAGUAAUCUCAAAUGAAUUGUUUAAAAUCACAUAAGUAAUUUAUUGACGAACGUUUCGACUCUCGCUUCGAGCCAUCUUCAGCAUAACAUUAUCUUCAAUACGACAUAGAGUAGUAACAAUAGCUACUAUUGUGAUUUUAAACAAUUCAUUUUGAAAUUUACUACUCAUUGCGUACCAUUUACCGCUCUCGACUCGUAUUCACCACCUUAUUUUCUGUUAUAUUGAAAAAUGAUAAAGAACAAGGUUCGCCUAGUCAACGGAAUAUUAUUGCCAUCGGGAUAUACUGUGAUUCGAAUGGAUAUUGACGCAACUCUGUAUAAAGACAAAACAUAUUCAUUACUUAUGCUAAGUACCGUUUAUAAACAUAUUUACAGUUUCCUGCAUUUUAACAUUUUUAGAUUGGUCUUUAAGUAUUGUUAAAAAGAAAAAAGUUAUGCAGCAGGUAGAGGGGAUAGCAAGAUUAUCACUGAACGAUGUGGGAAAUUCUCUAUAGAUCAAGUUUUCUAUAUACUACUAAUAUUUCAUCCGUUCCUAUGUAACUCGGGAAUACUCUUCCUAGUCUUCGAAAUUGCUUGUACCUAGUCAACACAGUUACCAAAAAUUUAGCAGUAUUGCACAAUACAAGCAAAUAGAUCAUUUAUAUUUCCUCAGAUAUGACUGCGAAAUCGCGAUUCGAUAGCGAUUCUCAUUGCAUUGCGAAUAUGUUAACUCCUUAUAGUGUUGUAACGACCUAUACGAGCUAUUUUUCGUAAAAAAAAUGUAAAUCCAUAUUGAUAUGUUCAUGUAAAUACGUAUUUGUCACUUGUUUGCUCUACGUUUAUCAGUAUUGCCGUUAUAUUUCUUCAAUCCAAAUGUCAGUAGCACAUCUAUUUACAGAAUUUAUACUUUAUCGAUACAGUUACCGUAAAAUUGAUAUUAGCGAACCCAUAUGUAUGAUAAAGGUGUUAUAUUGAUAAAAGAGAUAAUUGUACCUUUCAAGAUUUAUAUACGUCCAUUAUUUUAUUUUUAAUUGUUCCAUGUUUGAAUUUAUCUCUUAUGAAUUGUACAUUCUUUAAAUAAUAUAUUCGUACAUUAUUUAAAUAAAUGUACACACACACACACAUAUAUAUAUAUAUAUAUUAUAUGUGUGUGUAUAUUUGAACAUUACAUUUAUCCGACCAAAGUAUUUAGUAUAUAUCGGCAUAUUUCUAAAGAAAUAUUUACUUUCUUCUGAUAUGUGUAAUCCUUUUAAAAAAUCAACAGAAAUACUAGAUAUCCGUAUUAUUUACAUAUUUCCUUACUACAAAAAGCUAUUAGAAUGUACUGAACAUGUAUUAUAGAGACAUGCGAUAUACAUCAUAAUGCUGUUGAAACUGCAAAUUAUAUGCGCUCAAUUGUUUAUACUUUAUAUCCUUAUAUAAAGAUUAAAUUAGUGAAACAAAUAUAAA